AUGGCGCCGCGCCAGCCGCUGCUCCCCAGCUUCCUCUACGCGAACGGCGGCAGGGCGGAGGCGGCUCCGGUGGUGGUGGCGGGGGCGCCGAGCGAGCCGUUCGGCAAGAUCGAGAUGUUCUCGCCCGCCUACUACGCGGCGGGCGCCAUCGGCGGGGCCGCGGCCUGCGGGUUCACGCACGCCGCCGUCACGCCGCCGUCACGCCGCUCGACGUCAUCAAGUGCAACAUCCAGGUGCGUAACUGCGUGCGCUUGCAUUGAGUUCACGGGAAGUCGGGAACUAUCGCUUUCUUUGACCGUCCGACUACUGCCAAAUUCCGUGCCGGGGUUUCGCCACGAAUGUAUUUCUAUGUUCUUUUUGCAACAAAAAAUCGACCCUGCCAAGUACAAGAGCACCUCGUCGGCGUUCGGCGUGGUGAUGAGGGAGCAGGGCCUCCGGGGCUUCUUCAGGGGGUGGGCGCCGACGUUCGUGGGCUACAGCGCGCAGGGCGCGUUCAAGUACGGCCUCUACGAAUUCUUCAAGAAGAAGUACGCCGACAUGGCCGGCCCCGAGUACGCCGCCGAGUACAAGACCCUCAUCUACCUGGCGGGCUCCGCCACCGCCGAGGUCUUCGCCGACGUCGCGCUCUGCCCCAUGGAGGCCGUCAAGGUCCGGGUGCAGACGCAGCCCGGGUUCGCCAGGGGGCUCAGCGAUGGAUUCCCCAAGAUCGUCAGGGCCGAGGGCUACGGCGGGGGGCUAUUCAGAGGACUGGUUCCACUUUGGGGGCGACAGAUUCCCUACACCAUGAUGAAGUUCGCGACAUACGAGAACAUCGUGGAGAUGACCUACAAGCACCUCAUCCCGACGCCAAAGGAUCAGUGUAGCAAACCUCUCCAGCUCGGAGUUAGCUUCGGGAGCGGCUACGUCGCCGGAGUCUUCUGCGCUGCCGUUUCGCACCCUGCAGACAACCUGGUUUCGUUCCUGAACAACUCCAAGGGAGCCACCGUUGGAGAUGCUGUCAAGAACCUUGGCCUGUUGGGCCUUUUCACCCGUGGCCUUCCUCUUCGCAUUCUGAUGGUCGGUACCCUGACUGGCGCUCAGUGGGUGAUCUAUGAUUCCUUCAAAGUUAUGAUUGGACUGCCAACGACUGGUGGAGCGCCUGCUCCUACUACUGUCCCAGUGGAAGGACUGGGAGAGCUAAAAGCCUCUGCCUGA